AGUGAAGCAGAAGUGCUUGCUCAGGGCACACCUCUUCCACUGGCUGUUGCUAAUGAGAGCUCUCCUUCUGAAGUGCUUUCCUACACGGCACCCCCCGCCAACCAAGCAAUGGGUUGUUUCAAAACGUCACCGAGUCAUUCCUGGAUUUACCCCACUGUGAUCCUGUGCUUAUUUGGAUUUUUCUCCAUGAUGAGACCUUCAGAACCCUUCCUAAUCCCGUAUUUAUCUGGACCAGAUAAAAACCUGACCAGCUCAGAGAUCACAAACGAGAUCCUUCCCAUCUGGACCUACUCUUACCUGGCCCUCCUGCUCCCAGUGUUCAUCCUCACCGAUUACGUCCGCUACAAGCCAGUCAUCAUCCUACAAGGGAUCAGCUUCAUCAUCACCUGGCUGCUGCUCCUGUUUGGCCAGGGAGUGAAGGCCAUGCAGGUUGUAGAGUUCUUCUAUGGGAUGGUCACCGCCACCGAGGUGGCCUACUAUGCCUACAUUUACAGCGUGGUCAGCCCAGAGCACUACCAGAAAGUGAGCGGCUACUGCCGGAGAGUCACGCUGGUGGCCUACACGCUGGCCUCGGUGCUGGCCCAGCUCCUGGCGUCCCUGGCCAGCCUGUCUUACUUUUACCUCAACGUCAUAUCCUUGGUCUCCGUCUCUGUGGCCUUUCUUUUCUCACUUUUCCUACCGAUGCCUGAGAAGAGCAUGUUUUUUCAUGUAAAACCCAGCAAAGAAGCACAGAAGCCACCAAACAACACUGCAGUGUUAGAUGAAACUUACAAGGUUAACACACCAGGCGGUAGAAAGAAACCCACUUCAGAAAUACCCACCAUUUCAGGGACCCUGGAUGAUCGGUGGUCGAACAAUCCACUGCCAGGAAAUGUAGCUUUGAGUGUUUUUGUGCAGUGGUUCAAAGAUUUGAAGGGUUGCUACUCCUCAAGGCAUCUUUUUUACUGGUCCCUGUGGUGGGCUUUUUCCACGGCAGGUUUUAACCAAAUUUUGAACUACGUUCAAAUCCUGUGGGAUUACAAGGCACCAUCCCAAAAUUCUUUCAUCUAUAAUGGGGCAGUAGAAGCUAUUGCAACCUGUGGAGGGGCUGUGGCUGCCUUUGGCGUGGGCUUUGUGAAGGUCAACUGGGAUCUCCUGGGAGAGUUGGCUCUAGCGAUCUUCUCCAUAAUUAGUGCAGGCUCUCUGUUUCUCAUGCAUUACACAACCAACAUCUGGGCAUGCUAUGCUGGUUAUUUGAUAUUCAAGUCCAGCUAUAUGCUUCUUAUAACCAUAGCAGUAUUUCAGAUUGCAGUUAAUCUGAGUGUGGAACGCUAUGCCCUGGUGUUUGGAAUGAACACCUUCAUGGCCCUGGUGAUCCAGACCAUUAUGACAGUGAUCGUGGUAGAUCAGAAAGGACUCAACUUGCCAAUCAGCAUUCAGUUUUUAGUUUAUGGGAGUUAUUUUGCAGUCAUUGCUGGCAUUUUUCUAAUGAGAAGCAUAUACAUCAUCUGCUCAACCAAGUGCCGAGAGCAGGCCCGGAGCUCUGCUACAAGUCAGAAUCCCUCUGAGCCCCACGCAAAUGGACCCAGGAGUGUUAACAUGGAAACAAGACUCUAACCGUAUGGCAACCACUGCAUCCACUGAAUAAGGACCCUCUUGGUCACAAAGUCACUGACUGACAUAAAGUAACACACUUCCUAAAUCUGGAUUUCAAUGAACCUUUUCAAAACCACAACAAAAUACCAGUUUUAGACCAGAUGUCUAUGUGCCCAACAAGUCCCAUCAUCUCAAUCAAACAACCCGUGCUGGGGACCCCAGUGGGUAGCAAGAACUGGGCAAUUCUGGUUUCGAGUACUCUCUAGGACAUGCAAAUGGCACAGAAACAAGCCAUGAGACACUUCCGCCAUUCUGGAGUUGAUGUUCCCGACUCCUAAGCAGAAAUACUAACUGGACUCACCCUUUGUUUGGCUUAGGUAUUUGUUCUAUCUUACUGAAACUGGCAAGAGAUAGGACAUUUUUGUCACACAGCCAUUUUCUUUCUUCUUCUAUUAAGUAUAUGUCUAUAUAACAAGCAUUUCUGUAAGAGAAUUUCAAGGCUUGGUCCCAUUUCUAAGGAACCCUUUUCAAUCUUGAUAACAUGACAUUAUUCAUACACUCAAAUGUGAUAAUAUCACCAUAUAAUUUUGUCAUGAUUACUUUUUACCUUAUGUUCUGCUGAACUUUGUUGUUGAAACUCUACCUCAGGAAUAGCUCCAGACAUUCCUGGAUGUCCACAGAAUGACAUUCAAGUCAAUUCUUGGUGGCCAUCAGGGAGGCAAUGAGCAUUCUCCUUACCGUGACCCCAGAUAGGUGUUUUAUUGCUGUAUCCAUGUGAUCUCUGUAAAACAGAGAAACUUUAGUGGAAAUUUCCAGGAGUUUUUGAGUAUUUUUAAGUAAGAAAACACUGAUAGGGUGGGGAGAAAUGCCUGACUUUUAAAUGGCAGAGCUGUGCCAAAUAAAAUAAUAUGAGCAAAAACA